AUGUCUCCAACCACCAAGAAACAGCGAACUCAGCCUCAGUAUGAACUGCUCUACCRCCCUGGUAUCCCCGGCCGUGGCGAGUUUGUUCGUCUCGCGCUUGAGGCCUCCGGUACUCCAUACACAGACGUAGCGAACGAGGAUCCCAAGAACGGAUAUGCGAUUGUUCAAAAAGUCACCAUGAACAGCUCCACAGAAAGUGAAGCCGGGAACCCACCUGUCUUCGCAUCUCCAGCCCUCCGUAUUCCAGGAGCUAGCAAAGAUGGCAACCCACUUGUGAUAUCCCAGACUAGCAACAUACUGCUCUAUCUGGGCGAGAAGCUAGGGUUGAAUGGAGAGGGUGAUGAGAGAUUCUACGUCAAUCAAGUCACUCUUACAGCCCUGGAUCUGAGCAAUGAGAUCCAUGACUCGCAUCAUCCCAUUGCUGUUAUGAAAUACUACGAAGAGCAGAAGGAAGAGGCGUUGAGGWGAUCCGGGGAUCUUAGAGCGACGAGAAUCCCAAAGUUCCUCUCUUAUUUCGAGAGGACUUUGAAGGGCAAUGGAAAUGGAAAGUACAUUGUUGGGGAGAAGUUGACUUAUGCGGAUCUUACGGUUUGGCAGGUUCUGGAUGGACUGCUCUUUGCUUUUCCCAAGGAGAUGGAAGUCAGGAAGACGGAGUUUGCGGAGCUUUUCAAAUUCUAUGAGGCAUUAAAAGAGGAAAAGGGCUUGAAAGAGUAUCUGGCAAGUGGUAGGAGAUUGCCUUAUGGCGAUGGAUUAUUCAGGCACUAUCCAGAGCUUGACCGCCAAUAA